CUCUGGAUGACAGCAUCGACUAAAUGUCUGGACAGAAAUAUGAUGUAAAUCUCUCGUUUUAUAUAUUCUGGACAGUGUGGUUAGUUUAAAAUAUGUGAACUGGACGACGACUGUAAGAUUAAGUGUCACAUUCGCUUUUUGCAACAUUUCGUCACAGUGGGGUCGUGAGCUCCUUCCCAACUUCAGCACCAGAUGGACCCACUGAGUCGCUGGUUGAAUUCUUGGCACGUUGAUGAUAGACCUGCUGCUAGAUUGCGUGUCUUCAAAACCGCGCUGACGGAUGGAGGGGGGAUGCCGCUGGGAGACACCGGCAGGGGCGGAGACUCGGCAUGUGGGCGGAGAUUCAGCAGAGUCGAAUGUAUCUGUCGCGCUCAGAUGUUCAACAAGCGAGAUACCCAGCAAAGCUAGCCAGCAAGCAAACGAAAAGUUUAUAUCCGAGGUACUGUUCCUACAAUGUGAGGGAAAUGUCGGACACAAGCUCUGAUUGGGUGGAGAUCCUGGAGCCCCGCUCCCGGGAGCGCAUGUACAUCAACCUGUCCACGGGGGAGUGCGGCUGGGCCCCGCCCGCCAACGUGCCCGUCCGCCAGUCCGACGGCAACCAGUGGUGGGAGCUCUUCGACACCCACAACGGCCGCUUCUACUACUACAACUCGGCCAGCCGGCAGACGGUGUGGCACCGGCCGCGGAACUGCGACGUCGUGCCGCUGGCCCGGCUGCAGGCCCGGAAGCGCAGCUCCGAGUCCCAGCUCCAUGGCAACGCCGGCCUCCCCCCCCCGGACACGGCGCCCAGCGAGAGGCGCUGCAAGUCCCUCCCCCGGUGCAGCCACCCCCCCCUCCCCCAGCCGCUGGAUCCGGAGGGGGGCGGGAGAGACGCCUCUGCUAAGGCCCGGUCCGACAGUAUGGAGAGCAGGGGCGGCAGAAAGGAUGUUCUCAGGGACACCGCGCAGAGAUGGCAGCCCCCUCCGGGGUCGAAGGCGGCCAUGUUGGUGAAGGUGAACAGCGUCGGCAGGAACCAGGGCGCCGGCCCGGUUAAAACCCCCCAGCUCCUCCACAGCAGCCGCAGCCUGCUCUCCCCCAACCCCGCCAGCAGCAGGCGCUCCGCAAGCCACGCCGGCCCCGCCAGCCCCGCCAGCCCCGCCCAGUCCGCCAUGGCGGCGCCCGCCGACUGCAAGCAGGCCUUCCACCUGAAGAAGACGGAGGACGGGCACUUCUGCCCGGUGUCGCCCGGCAACCUCGCCGGCUCCACUUCAGGCUCCGCCGGCCGCCCCCCCCGCAGGGCUCAGGGCGGGACGCCCCGCCCCCCCUCCCCCCAGCACGGCUCGACAGCGCCCCUCUAUGACCACCCCCCGAUGGAGAUGCCCGUUUAUGAUGAGCCCCUGGCGGACAUGGAGGUGGAAGGGGGGCACCCCCAGGACGGGCCCCCCCUGUCCCGCCCGGGCCCCCAGAACCCCGCUCGGCAGGGACAGGGACAGGGGCAGCAGGCCACCAGGCUGCUCCCGCUCCCCGUCUCUCACACGGGGUCCUGGAACCGGGGGACCCCCUCAGAGACAGACUACAGCCCCGCCGGGCGGGAGGGGAUCAGGCACAUGGUCAACGUGGACCCCGCCGCUUCGGGUUCUCUCCCCCCGCCUGAAACGUCCAAGGCCUCCAGCGGGCCCGAGCGGGCGGGGGCCCCGUCCCCAGCCCCGCAGAGGGAGGGCAGGGUGGAGAGGAGGCAGACGUGGAGGACCCUGGAGGCCAGCCUCCUGAGGGGCAUGGAGGCGCGGCAGGGAGGCCCAGGGGGCCUGGCCUCGCCCGAAUGCCCCUCGGCCACGCCCCUGCACUGCCAGGAUUCGGGCUACUCCACGGGGCCCUCCCCCAGCCUGUGUCGGCGGAGCCGACGGCGGCCCCCGGCGGCGCAGGGGCGGCCCGGGUCGAUGGGCGGCGGCGCGGAGCUGGACGCCCUCAGCGAGAGGCUGAUGGCGGAGGUGAGGGCGGCGGUGAGCCGCUCCAGCACCGUGCGGGACAGCAGGGCCAGCCUGGACACGCAGGCGUCCGGGAGCUCCGCCCCAAACCCGCCGCGGGCGCGCAGCUCGCGAUGCAGCGGCUCGCGGGAGGACGUCGCCUCCAGCAGCCACUCGCUGUACCGGCCCGGUAGCCAUGGCGAUGCGCCCCGCUCCCCUCUGGUCCCCGAGGGCCCGGGACGCCAGAAGCGGACCUACGAAAAGGUGGACACCCUGGAGAAGUUGGGCCUGUCCUCUCCCGGGACUCCACAGUCCCCCUCUCAGGUCGGAACGCUGGAAUCCCAGGAGCGGUCGGACAGCGGGACGCGAGACAGCACAGGGGGCCGCAGGGCCCCCCCGGGCGGGGGCGGCGGCGGCGGUGUGGGCGUGGCGAGGGGCGGGGACCGGGGAGGAGGAGGAGAGGAGCAGCUCUCCCGCUCGAACCUCUGCCAGGCCCCGCCGCUGCCCACCGCCGACCCCAGCAUGGCGGACUGGGCCAGCAAGAACCUGAACCUGCACACGCAGGGGCUCUUCCGCCGGCGCGUCUCCAUCGCCAACAUGCUCUCCUGGAACCAGGCGUCCAUCAAGAAGCCCAUGCUGAUCACCAGCGACCGCGCCCUCAAGAAGGAGGCCUGCGAGAUGUUCAAGCUGGUGCAGGCCUACAUGGGCGACCGGCCCAGCCGCCUGGACCGGCGGCACGUGGCCCUGCUGGUGGUCACCAAGUGCUGGCUGAUGCCCGGCCUGCGGGACGAGCUCUACGUGCAGCUGGUGCGCCAGACCACCGAGAACCAGUGCCCCCGGAGCCUGGCGUCUGGCUGGGAGCUGAUGGCCAUCUGCCUGGCCUUCUUCUCCCCCUCGCCUAAGUUCCGCCGCUACCUGGAGGGCUACAUCCAGAGGCACCUGGACCUGGGCCACGCCCACAAGUUUCCACAAUAUAUCAUGGACCAACAGGACAUGAAAAACAAGAAGAAUUCCAAGUCCUGGAAAAAGAGGAAGCAGAGCACGGAUGAGGAAGAGGAGGGUUUGCCUGUCAGUACGUAUGCAAAGUACUGCUACCGCCAACUACAGAGGGUGGCUGUCUCUGGGGGGAAAAAGGGUCUGAGGAAGCCCACGCUGGAGGAGGUGCACCACGGCCGGAGCGCCAUCGUCACGCCCUCGCUGUUCGGCAGCUCGCUGGAGGACGUCAUGGAGCGCCAGCGCCGCCUCUUCCCCGACCGCAGGCUGCCCUGGGCCCAGACGCAGCUCUCCCAGUGCGUGCUGGCGCUGGGCGGGGCUCACGCCGAGGGCAUCUUCAGAGUGCCAGGAGACAUUGACGAGGUAAACGCUUUGAAGCUGCAGGUGGACCAAUGGAAAAUCCCAGAGGACCUGUCUGAUCCCAAUGUCCCAGCCUCACUGCUGAAGCUGUGGUACCGGGAGUUGGAGGAGCCCCUGAUCCCCAUGAGUUACUACAGGCAGUGCAUCAGCAGCUAUGAGGACCCAGAGACAGCCCUCAACGUGGUGCAGUCCCUGCCAGAGCUCAACUACCUAGUGCUCUGCUACUUCAUACACUUCCUGCAGGUGUUUGCCCAGCCAGUUAAUGUGAGCAAAACCAAGAUGGACGUCAACAACCUGGCCAUGGUGAUGGCGCCCAACUGCCUGCGCUGCCAGUCAGACGACCCGCGGGUCAUCUUUGAGAACACACGCAAGGAGAUGUCCUUCCUGCGUCUCCUCAUUGUUCACCUGGACACCAGCUUCAUCAGCGGCGUCCUGUGAGAGGCCCCACCACCCCUCCUCCUCCUUCUCACAAGCCAGGUGCCAUGGCAACCACGCCUGCCUACCUGAGCUCCUCGCUUACGCUCUUUACCUGGCUAAUCCCGCAACUGGAACUCAGGGUAAUGAAGUGGUCUUUCACCGUGGAACAGCAUUGCUCCGAACACUGGAUGGUGCUUCAUACAAAGACUCAAUAAAUGGCGUAUGACUGUGACACAAAUGCUGAACUGUGGUUGGAGGAAAAUGCUGUUUUAACUAACUGAGGCGGAUCUUGCAGCCAUCACAAAGUGAUAUGUCAAGUAAAGUUUUUAUUGUAGAUUGUGGGGGAUGCAGUUUUAUUUUAUAACUUUCUUUGUUGAGAAAUGAUCAUCUUUUUAUUGCAGCGUCGCAUAAAAUGAUUUGUUUUAUUUCUGGGCUUGGGUGAGUUGAAUGGCACGGUGGCAUGGGCAUGGGCAUGGCUUAUCCCCUGUCCGCAAUGGGGGGGCUUCCGUCCUCAGCCGUGCCUGUAGGAAACACUGAGGCUCAGAGGCCUACUGCCAGACCGUGGGUAAGCUUUUUCUGUACAAAAAAGUUAGUUCUCCAUCUGUACAUCAUGUCUGUGUAAAGGCCAUAGAUAGCUAGUCACUUCUCCUGAGUACCAGCAGGGGGGUGAGUGGAAAGAUACCCGCUCUGUAAAUUGGAGAAAUGUAGCAUUUAACGGUACAUGCCAACUGAAGGGCAGGAGUCUAAGGUGGCAGGGAAACUGUUGAACAGUCAGUCUGCUCUGUAAAAGCAAAGCUACUCUAUCACAACAGAAAUGCUGCAUUCUGUGAAGAAAUGAAGCGGACUUAAUGUGGAUACAGUUGUUAAUUUCUGAGCCGUAAUCAUAGAUUGUUAUUUUUUAUUUUCUGCAGUAGGCCUCAAAAAUUAUAUUUUUAGACACCAUUGUGAUUAAGUACAAGUUUUUAUUGAACUGUUUUGCUGACCUUUGAAUGGCUUAGUUGUGUGUGUCCUGCAGGCUCCUCUUGUGUGUUGCAAACGUUCUAUCUAAAAUGUCAGCUGGGGGAUGGGCCCCAAGCCAAAAGUAUGUGAUUGUAACACAGUAUGAAAUGAUGCCAUUUUCUGGAGUUUUAUUUCAUUUUACCUCAGAACUCCCCAGGAAGGUAAAUAAGUGGUGGCUUGUAUUUUUUGGAUUUUCAUUUGUAAAUACAACCUGUGAAUAGUAAUGUGUUGAUUACUGUAUUUUCAAAAUGAUGACAGUGACAAUUGUAAUUUUUUUUUUCCAUUAAAAAAAGGUUGUUGAUAAAGCCUAUUUAAAAAGUGUAAAAGGUAUUGCUUUGUUUAGAGCUGUACCUUCAUAUAGGUACCCUGCAUCAGGUUGUCCACCUGUAUUGCACUUUGCUUCUUCUUCCUGAUACUUGCCUGUUUCUGUAUCGAUUCUUAUAGCUUUUGCUGUAAAUGCCUUUGCAAAAAUGUUGGUAUGUUUAUUGUAUGUAUGCAUGUGUGCUCUUACAUGCAUGUGUGUGCGCAUGUGAAAUUACCAAAAGAAAUUACCAGUGAAAUUUAAUCAUGUGGUCGCCUUUAUUUCUCUCCCAAGUUCAUAGAUAAUUGUAAAAAGAAAAAAAAAGAAUAAAGUUUCUAAAUUCAAA